UCAAUGAUUGACUGUUCCUUUUCCCACCUUGGGUAGGUAGAUGGCUUUCGGAUUCAGAAAAGCACAAGAGUUUUGGGAAGAACAAGCUGGUUUUGAGGCUUCAAAGAAUCAUGAAGUUCGCCAUCAAUAUGGAAGAGGUCCUUGCAGUAUAUUUAUAUUAGAUACAUCUCUAAGUCUUGGAGAGGAAGGUUUUCAACAAAUGAAAGAGACAUUUAGCACCAUUAUUGAUGAAUGCACAAACCAUCCAGACAUCGAUGAAAAUGUAGCUGUUAUAUUAUGUGGAAAACACACAAGAUUUCAACGCUAUUAUUCAAAUCAAUACAUGGAUAUAAAACAUUGCCUAAAUGACGUUGAAUUUGGAGGACCAACACCACUGACAGCAGCGUUCAUCUUAGCCACAGCAUGCUUAAGACGUGAAGUAGGACAUACCAAAAGAAUAGGAGACUUUCAUGUUCAUCCAAGAAUAAUUCUUAUUUCGGACGGUAGACCAACUGAUUUUAGUGCUACUGGUGACGUUGAAGAUUCAUCGGCUUAUGAAACUGAAGAGGAUAAGACUCAGAUGCUUGAUUAUACGAGAGAUAUAGUUAAAAUAUGUUCAAAGAAGUCACUUUGCAAAUCAUGGGAUGAAAUAUGUACAGAACUUGAUGAUGAAAUGAAUUACAUAUUCCAAGAAAGAGAUCCAGCAAUGCUUCCUUUGGGGAGCAGAGUCAAGCGUGGACGUGAUUGGGAAUGUAAUAAUCAGGAUAACAAUGGGCCAGGAACGGUUAUUGGACACUCAGAAAAAAUUGGCUGGUUAAAUGUAGAAUGGGACACUGGCUCGAGAUAUCCAUACAGAUACGGACCUAUAAUAGAUAAAUAUGAUGUAAAUUUAUGUAACGAACCUAGAAUUUUAUACAAAGAAACUAUUGCUGUUGGUUCUCUCGUCAAAAAAGGCCCAGACUGGGAUUGGAGAUACCAGGAAAAGAGUAACCUGAGUAUAGGAUCAGUUUACAGACGUAAACACAAUGGAAUCGUGCUUGUACGAUGGCAAAACGGCCAAACAACAGAAAACAGAUUUGGAUAUCGUGGGAAAUAUGAUCUACAGGUUUGCGAUCCUUUCUCACCGGAAGCUGUUGAGUAUCUCCAAGAACAAAUCAGAAAGGCAGAACUUAAUGAGUCAUCUGUGAAACUUUCUGAAAGUUCUCCGUCAAAUGAAGCGUGUGCAUCUGAAAACGAUAUUGAUAUUAAAUCCAGCAAGAUUUGCAAAAAUGCCAGUGCUGGACUUUCUCUCUUGACAUUGCCUAAAGGGAAAUAUUUCAAAAACGAAAAAGUUGACGACAAAUCAACUGAUGUAGAACCUGAUGGAAGUUUAGAUUCAUUAUCUUUUUCUGCAUUAGAUCAGUGGCAUUGGAAAGAUAAACAAGGCCAGUGGAACGUGUAUCCAAGAAAAAUAAAUGAUAAAAUUAACAGAUGUUAUAAACGAAAUCCUAAUUCUACUGUUAUUGUUACAAUCGAAGAAAACACAUACAGAGUAGUCAUGGCCAAAGGUAUACAGAUAAACUUGACGACAAGAGAGGAAUCAGAAGUCAAAAUUGUUAAAAACUAGUACAUAAAUAAAAUUACAUCGUGAUUGGUUUGUGU